AUGUACCGCUCCGAUGAGCCCACCUCGACUACAGCAUCGUCGGCAUGUAGCAUUUCCCGGUCCUCUUCGGUCUCCUCCGCACCGCUUGUCGAGAUCCCAAGCCCCCACCCCACUGGUGCUCCCACUACGCCCCUCUUUGAGAUCCGCAAUACACCGACUGCAGGCCGCGCCGUCUUCGCGACUCAAAGCAUACCACGGGGCGGUCUCGUUUGGCGAUCAGACGACCUGACACUCUCCGUUCUGCUGCGCGAGUACAGACGUGAAGUGUGUGGACAAUGCUUCGAGUAUGAAGAUGGCCGGGAUCUGAGUGUACGAGACCAGAUAGUGGGAUUUGCCUUCUGCUCGAAAGAGUGUCAGGAGAUGUGGAGGCAAUGGAACGAGGAAGCUGGGGUGCAGGCUUGGACCGCUGUGGAGAAGCUCGUCAAGAGUAGAGCGAAGGAGGACAACGAGAUGGUGGAUGCUGAUCUGCCACGGCCGACAAGCGAAGAGAUCAAGAAGGCGUGGGACAGUGUUGCUACUCAGGCAGCACUGAUACGCACGGCAAGAGAGGCUGAGCAGGCCAGAUCUGCACAACUUGCGGACCACGGCACCGAAGGUAACGAGCCGCUGCCCAUCACGAAACAGCACCGACGAGCCGUGCAGAAAGCGCUCCAACAACGCAUCUCCCCAGACGUCAUGAGUUUCUGCGUCAGCGGCAUCGUCUGGCGCUACAACAGUCCACAGGCCUGGGAGAACAUGCUCGCUCUCGCCGACGACGUAACACCCUACCACAGCACCGACGACCUCCAAGCCUUUGUGCGCUCUUACCUCCACCUCCUUGCCAUCCUACCCGCACCCCUCCUACCGCUCGUCACGCCGGAAACAAUCUUCCUCUUCUCCUCGCGUGACUCGCAUAACUCGUUCGGCAUCCGCUCGCUCGAGGACGACGGAUCCGAGUUCUUCGGCUACGGAUGCUGGCCGGCGGCAAGCUACUUUAACCACUCGUGCGCCCCCAACGUGGACAAGAACAGGCAAGGCCGGGUGUGGCUCUUCAGCGCUGCAACGGAUAUUCAGAAGGGUGACGAGCUGAACAUUACGUAUCUAAGUGGAGAGGAAAGAAAGCUGAGUAGAGCAAGUAGGAUGAUGAGGUUGAAGAGAAACUGGGGGUUUGAUUGUAGAUGUGUGAGGUGUGAGGCGGUGUGA